CUGCAAGCCGGAGAAGGGAAAUCCGGGCACAUUAGCACUGCUCCCAAUGAGGGCAUCUUAUUCUUUGACAACGUUUUCCCGCUUCGUCUUCAAUGGCUUCUCCGCGUACCUUUCUCUCCCGAGGACAGGAUACCCGGCCUUCUGAAUACCUUGACGACGCCCGGUUUGACAGCCGGCGAUCCUCUCAAUCUCAUCGAGAAAGCGAUGAAAGACAAGGUACCUGUCAACGUCGUCGAAGUUCUUCCGCGGCUGAAAGAAGGCGGUGAAUUUGUGAAGUUCACCCACGAUGAGACAACGUCAUCUGACGUGAUAGAACGCGCUUUGAAGGACUACCUGAAGGAGAAGCCAAUCAAACCAUGGUGGAACCCGUUCGUUCGAAUGCGAGUGAAUCUUGUCAGAGGCCGACCCUGGGUGGAGGAUCUUUAUCGACUCCCUACGUCGAGAUUGAAGGUUGAAUUUCUGCCAUCGAAACCGGGAGAAGAAGCGGUCGAGCUCUCACAGGAGCAGCUUUAUGCGCACUUUAGGCCAUACGGAAAACUCUCAGAUAUCAUACCGCAGCCUCAGGAUUCGAAAGUGCUACCGAAAUUUGCGUAUUUGGACUUCACGGCACCGAGACGAGCGAUCAUGGCCAAGAACUGCAUGCAUGGGUAUUUAGUAUCCGAUGCUGAAGGAGGAGGGAAAGCUGGAACUAUCAUUAGACUCACGUAUGAGCAGAAGCGUAAGGGGCAUUGGUUCUGGGAUUGGCUCGUCAACCAUCCACGGGUCGUCAUCCCGGCCGUCGCUGCUAUCGUUGCCAGUGUAACGAUUGCCAUAUUCGAUCCUAUCCGAACGUUCUUCAUCAAGGCACAUAUCACGAGGUCUUUCCACAUCGCAGACAACAGAAUCUAUCGCUGGUUCAAAACGCAAGCUACGGACAUCUUGAGACUUCACAAUAAGCAAGAUGAUGACGCUGGCAUGGAAGCUAUUUGGGAUGACCGACGAAGCAACAUCGAACAAAUCAAGACAUGGCUAAUAGAGACCGCUGACACAUUCAUCAUCGUCCAGGGUCCGCGUGGUUCUGGAAAGAAGGAAUUGGUGAUCGAUCAAGCCUUGAAGAACAAGAAGUACAAACUGCUCAUCGACUGCAAGCCCAUCCAAGAAGCUCGAGGAGAUAGUGCCACGAUCUGCGCUGCAGCCGCCGAAGUCGGAUACAGGCCCGUCUUCUCUUGGAUGAACAGCAUCAGCGGUAUGAUUGAUCUUGCGGCGCAAGGUGCCACUGGCAUGAAAACGGGCUUCUCGGAAACUCUGGACACUCAAUUGGCGAAGAUAUGGAACAACACCGCAACAGCCUUAAGACAGAUUGCAUUAGAAGGUCGUAGUAAGGACGACAAAGAUGCUCAUUUAGGAGAUGACGACUAUCUAGAGGCACAUCCUGAGCGUCGCCCUGUUGUCGUCAUCGAUAAUUUCCUGCACAAGAGCCAAGAGAGCGGGAUUGUCUACGAUAAGAUUGCUGAAUGGGCCGCAACUCUCACUACUAACAACAUCGCCCACGUAAUCUUCCUCACAAACGACGUCUCCUUCUCCAAAUCCCUCAGCAAGGCUUUACCCGAUCGUGUCUUCCGCCAAAUCUCCCUCUCCGACUCCAGUCCCGAAGUCGCCAAGAGAUUCGUUAUCAAUCACAUCGACUCUGACGCCGACGAUGAACCCGAACCCGAAGAUGGAUCCAAGAAGCUCACCCCGUCCCAGCGCCGCACUGAUCUCGCCGAGCUAGACUCCUGCAUCGAGUCCCUCGGGGGCCGCCUUACAGACCUCGAGUUCCUAGCCCGCCGCAUCAAGACCGGCGAAACACCCUACAAAGCCGUGCGCGAGAUCAUCGAGCAAUCCGCCUCCGAAAUCCUGAAAAUGUACAUCUUCGGCACGGAAGAAUCGACAGACUCGCCACGUAGAUGGAGCGUGGAGCAAGCCUGGUUCCUAAUCAAGAAACUCGCCAACAACGAGGAGCUGCGCUACAACGAGAUCCUCCUCUCCGACACGUACAAGAGCGGCGGCGAGGCCGUACUGCAGGCGCUCGAGCAGGCGGAGCUUAUCAGUAUUGUUAGCGGGCCGAACGGCCGUCCUGCGGCGAUCAAGCCGGGCAAGCCGGUGUACUUCCCCGCCUUCAAGCGGCUGACGGAGGAUGCGGUCUUGCGGAGCAAGCUGGACCUGGCGGUGGCGACGGAGCUAAUCAAGAUUGAGAAUGCGAAUAUCGAUAAGUAUGAGAAUGAGCUGUUGUUGAUGUCGAAGUUGAAGAACCAGCCGUGGCAGUUGACGCCGCGGGUGCAGUGGCUGUUGGGGAAGUUGCAGGCGAGUCAGGCGAAGGUUGAGAAGUAUGAGAAGGAGAGUGGGGUGUUGAAGAAGGUGCUCGGGGAGGAAUAUUAGUAGUAUGGAUGGGUAGGGGUGUAUUAGUAGGUGGUAGCGACUUCACCUGUUGGCUUUAAAUCAGUUGAAUGUGGAUACGGUGGUGUCGAGCGAGCGGGUGGGUUGAGCGGC